AUGUCCGCCCUGCUGAGAAUCCCUCUGCUCAUCUCUGCAACCCAUAGCUUCAACGUGGGUGUCACACCUCCCAAUCCUCCUCCAGCACCGUCCGAGCUGGUGAAUGAGAAGUGGCUGUCAAAGCUAGCACGUGCAGGGCCGUGGACGUACGCGGCCUGGUCCACGAUCGUCGCCCUCUGCGAGACGGCAGUGUUUCUGGUACAGAGCCGGCCUGAAUUGCCAUAUGCGGACGUUAUUUUGAAGAGCCUGAUGCCCUCGCGCGCACCUGCUUCUGCAUUGCGCAUCACGCCGCUGUUCCUCCUCGGAUGGGCGACCACGGUAGCGGGAGGUCUCGUGAGAGUUUGGUGCUACCGCACGCUUGGCCGCCUCUUCACCUUCGAGUUGACAAUUCGCAAGGAUCAUCGCCUUGUCACCGAGGGUCCCUACUCCAUCGUCCGCCACCCGAGCUACCUGGGCCUCAUGUUGGCCUUCAUAGGCUUCCAUAUCCUUCACCUUAGUCCCGGGUCAUGGCUGAGAGAGAGCGGAGUGUUGGAGACGACCGUCGGGAAGUGCAUUUUCUGGUCUUGGAUGGCGUUCGUCUUGACGAUGGUUCCCGGGGUGGUGAGCAGGAUGCCUGUGGAAGACCGCAUGAUGAAGAGGCAGUUCGGGGAACAAUGGGAGCAGUGGGUUCAGCGCGUCCCGUACAGGAUUGUUCCUUACUUGUAUUGA